GCGUUGACGUCAUUACCUCUCACCCCCCCCACCAACUCAACGAGAGAAAGAGACGCCACCGAGGCCAUGACGUCCACCACAGCCGCCGCCGUUUCUUCUUCGUCGUCGUUAAGCAGCGGCGGCGGCGGCAACAUCAACAACAGCGCGGUGUACAAGAAGGAGAAGAGCAUACAGAUGAAGAACAGCGCGUCGGCGCUCUACAACAACCUGAGCGUGCUGUGCGUGCCCGAGCGCAGCCUCACCUACCUGGCCGUGGUGCAUCGCUCGUCCGUGUGCAUGGUGAGCGCCUCGGCCGACGGCCUCAACCUCUCGCACCGCCAGCUGCAGGCGAAGGAGGGAGGCGCCGCCGCGCAGGGAGCAUCGCUCGUGCUGCAGGCCAGCUGGUGCAUCCUCCCAUCUCGGGUGCUGUUGGUGCUCACAUCUCUCCGUGGGAUACAGAUGUACGAAUCGGAUGGCUCUAUAAUGGUGUAUUGGCAUGCAUUGGAAAUUCCCGAGACUCCAACAGCUCAGGCUAUAUUUGCAAGAGGAAUAGCAGCUGUGGGAGGUCAUUACAUCUGUGUUGGGACAUCCUCGGGGUGCAUCUUAGUGUUUGACGUCCCCGUGAAGGGCACCAACAUCACACUGUCCGAAGAGCUGGGACAGCACACGGAGGCCAUCACCUCUAUCGCUGCCGAGUGCUCCAUGAGAAAAGACUGUGUCCCUGACCUGGUCACGGCCGAUGACAGCGGGGUGCUGUGUGUAUGGAAAUCGGGAGAGGAGUUUACCUUGCUGCACAAGCUGCCUGCAUAUGGGUGCGCGUGCACCUCGGUGGCACUGUGGGACGGCAUCGUGGCCGCGGGCUAUGGCUCGGGCCAGAUCCGUGUGUACGACGGCGCCACGGGGGCCCUGGCGGCCGAGGCCAACGCCCACGCGCGCUGGAUCAACGUGCUCGAUGUAGCCCCGGAGAGCGGGCGUCUUCUCUCAGGUGCUGAAGACUCCUUUGUGAGAGUGUGGAAAUUGGGGCGGGCAGCCGACACGGGUCUUAUUGAGAUUGAGCACAGGCACAGCGAGUGUGUGACUGAUGUCCAGAUAAGCGGUGCCAAGUUCUGCGAUGCGCAGGGACGGACCUUCGCCGUCACGGGCUACGACCUGUGCGAGAUCAUACGCUACGUGCUGGCGGCUUGACCAAGGCCUGCUCGGCGCCGCCGGCUCAACGGGUCCCUGCUGGUUUAGUCCGCCAUCCUUUCACUGUUGAGUGAAGCCGUUGCCUCCCAUCGAGAUGUGGCCACGGCCACCCAGUUUUGAUUUUGUUGUUGUUACAUUAAUAGAACCAGUUACUAAUUGGGGACUGUUUGGUGGGCAG